UGCUCAUUUAAAGGAUGGCUUCAAGAAGCUUAGGUGCCCGUGCCUCCCUGUAUCUCAGCUAUGGUGGUUGAAGCGGCCUUCAAUGCCGGGUCGGUUCACAGGUCAUCUUUUUCAACGUUUUAUCUUCUUUAGCAGAAAAUGGCAGAUCAGAUCGGUGGGAGCAAUGGAAACCAUGGAGUUGUCUUGGAAAUGAAAGACACUUCCAACGCCAAGGAAGAGAUCAAAAGCACUUUCUUCUCUUUUCCCUUCGUUCAAAAGUUGAUCGCAGAGGUCUUCGGGACAUACUUCUUGAUAUUCGCGGGUUGCGGGUCGGUGGCGGUGAACUUGGACUACGACAAAGUGGUGACGCUCCCGGGGAUAUCGAUAGUGUGGGGGUUAGCGGUGAUGGUGUUGGUGUACUCGGUCGGACACAUCUCCGGUGCCCAUUUCAACCCGGCCGUCACCAUUGCUUUCGCCACCUGCAAGAGGUUUCCAUGGAAACAGGUGCCUCCAUAUAUAUUGGCGCAAGUUCUGGGAUCGACGUUGGCGAACGGGACACUGCGGUUGCUAUUCACCGGCCAGCUGAACCAUUUCUUAGGGACUCAACCGGCCGGUUCGGAUGUGCAAGCAUUCGUCUUUGAGUUCAUCAUCACUUUUUACCUCAUGUUCAUCAUCUCCGGCGUUGCCACCGACAAUAGAGCAAUAGGAGAGCUCGCUGGCCUUGCUGUAGGUGCAACCGUCUUGCUGAACGUGAUGUUUGCAGGGCCAAUAACAGGAGCAUCAAUGAAUCCGGCGAGGAGCUUGGGUCCGGCGAUAGUGUUUCACCAUUACGACAAGCUGUGGAUCUACAUCGUGGCACCGACGGUCGGGGCAAUUUCCGGGGCGUGGGUCUACAACGUGAUCCGGUUCACCGACAAGCCCAUCCGAGAGAUCACCAAGUCCGCCUCUUUCCUCCGGAGCACUGCCCGAAACUGCUCUUCUUGAUUCAAACUCAUUCGUCUCUCUCUCUCUCUGCCGUCAAACUUGCUCCUCCUCCUCCUCUUCUUCUUCUUCUCUUUUCUCUUUUGAGUUUACUUACGAUUGCGUAGCAUUCAUAGUGAAAAGGGUUAAUUUUCUUACUUCGAUUAUUGGGCUCUUCCCUUCUCUCUGGAGUUGAAAUGUUAACAUUAUUGUAUUUGUAUUUGGGAAAUUAUUUUCCUAAUGAUCCGAACGUUAAUUCUAACCU